AUGUCUGCAAACAAUCCAAACAGUCCUCAUAAGGGCUACAGUGCUUGUGCUUACCCACCACCUCCCUAUCCACCACCACCAGUUCCACCGUACCCCUUUUAUGUACACCCUCCUUCACAGUCAGCACUUCCACCCUCUUACUACCCUUUUCCGCCUCCACCUCUGUAUCCAUUUCCUCCGUAUGCAAUGCCUCCGUACCCUGUUCCCUAUCCCUGUAAUUGUUACCCAGCCCCACUACCUUUUCAUUCGGAACCGCAACCUACACCUUCUCCCACAUGUCAGUCGCCACCCCCUCGCUUCGCUUCACCUGUUCCUGCUCGCCUUAAGUGUUCACUAGGGUCUACGGGAGCAUUGCCGGAACCACCUCCACGGAAGCAAUUCUUCGGAGAAAGGCAGCCUAGUAAGAACGGGAAGAAAGAGUGGAUGAUUAUCAUGAGAAUUCCAGGACCCCUUACUGCCUACAACUUUCUUCCCUCUGUGGCCGAAAAAGUUCCAAUCGGUGUAUGGUUGUCCAAGGCCCUGGCUAGAGCUGAACGUUAG